CCCACUUUCCCCUCUCGCAUUCACAUAUCACCUUUUUACCCCCCCUCUCUCUCUGCACUCUGGACUUUCUCUCUCAUCCUCACUUCCUCUGUAUGAAUCUCCGUCCACCCGAGUUUGCCCUUCGUUAAACCCUUGAUUAUAUCUCUCUCUCUCUAGACCGACCUGCCUCUCAUUUGCCCUGUGGAGAGCUCUUUCAUGGAAGACGGUAACGACAAGGAGAAGAAGCGGCCGCGGUCCGAGUCAGGCCUCGACUCGCCCGUGUCUGAUCUGACCCGGGCGGACUCGUUCAGCUCGUCCGGACCGGAUCCGGACUCGCCCGAGUCCAAGCGGCUGAGGGUCGAGUCCGAUCUGGACUCGCCGGAGGUGAAGAGGAUCCAGGACGACCUCCUAAACAUUCUCGACGACUCCGACGGCACCGCGGACCGAGAUCCGGCGAUCCAGGGUCUCGAUUCGGUCAUCCGGAGCUUCGAGGAGGAGAUACUCGUCCCGGCCCAGCCGCCAGUGGCGUUAGACCGCGCCGACGCGCAGACGGAGCUUGGCUACCUCCUGGAAGCCUCCGACGACGAGCUAGGCCUCCCUCCCAGCUUCGGCCCGUUGGAGGAUGAGAGGAAGAGCGAGGCUGCCGAGGCUCCGGCGACAUCAGGCUUUGGGUUUAAUGAUUCGUUAGGAUUUGACGACGAGUUGCCUAACUACGACUCCUUCGAGCUCGGAAUGUGCGGCGGGCCGGAAGUCGGAAGUCAUAAUAAUCAUGAGAACGAUGGCCAGUUUGUGACAUUAGGAGGUCUGUUUGAUUUUACGGAUGACGGCGGCGAUGGGUCGGAGUUGUUGUGGCGGCCGGAGUCGCUGCCGGCUAUGUGACGGAGUAUGCGGACAUUUCGGUGGCUGGUUGUUGUGUGAACCGAACCGGAAUGUCUUCGGACUGUUGAUAACAUUAAGAUUAGAUUUGUAAAAAGAUCGAAAUGGAAAAAAAGAAAUUACAGGGGAAGAGGAAUUUGUCGGUGCUAUGUGAAAUUGCAGGCCCAGAGUUAAUUACUGAUAUUAUUUAAUUGGAAAUUGCACACUAUAAUAUUCAAUUCGGAAAUUUUCUAAAUUGAUCUGUUACUCCAACUUGGUAGACUGUUGUGAAAAUCUCGGCUGUAUUAUUUUUUAGCCGACAGAUUCAUAA